CCCUCUGUCUGAUGAAGACCUGGUCAUCAACAUUUUAAAUGGUCUUGGCCCGGAGUAUAGUGAAUUAACAUCAGCUAUACGUGUCCGGGAGACUGCCCUUCCUCUCACCCAACUCCAAGAUAUCUUACUGGAGCAAGAAGGCCAUCUCCAGGAGAAUUCCAGUGCCCCGUAUGAGAUAUUACCUACAGCACAUGUUACGCAGAUGCAUGUCAGGCCCUCCCCAAAUGACUCACGCAUGCACCACCAGAAUGUUCGACGUGGUUCUUUUCCCCGUCGCGAACGUGGAGGACCCCAUCAAGCCACCUCUCGUUCAGCGGCUAUAACUAUUAUUUGCCGAUUCUGCGACAACAUAGGACAUGAAGUUAAACAAUGCCAAAAACUUCAGAGGUUCUUACGUGAUUAUCAGGUUUCAGUUCCUGCCACACCAAGUGUCAACACUACCAUGACAACACCUUCUUCUAGCCAACCAUGGCUUUUUGACAGUGGAGCCUCCCACCAUGUUACGUCUGAUGUCUCACAACUUCCGACAUACGCCGACUACGGCGGUCCUGAAGAGGUUCAACUUGGCAACGGACCGAGUCACGAGGGCGCAUCUUCUUCGCGGGGAGAAUCGUAACGACGUAUAUUAUGCACCGGCAUCAGCCCUAUCUCCACCAGAAAUCCAUUCGUCUCAAGUCCAGUCAUUGACACCUUGGCAUCAUGUGUUUGGUCACCCGUCCCAGCAAAUAUUUAGUCUUCUAGUCCAUCAAAAUAAAGCCAUGUUUCCCAAUAAUAUAUCUACGUCCAGUCAUUGUAAUUCCUGCUCCAUAAAUAAGAG